AUCAAAUCCCAUUUACACCAAAAAAAAACACACACUUAACAGUUCACACGUAUCUAUAUAACAUAUAUAUGCACACAGUGCUAAUUCAUCACAAACUUAUCAUUUACACCGAAAAACGCAGCGAAACCCUUCAACAUAGAAAAUGAUGAUCCCGGUGCUGGAGAAUUUCAUGUUCGAUGAACCGUCGGUUUGGGUUACAGCGACGACGGUGGCGACGUUGCUGUCAACCGUUUACUUAGGUUUUGCAGAGUUGAUCGGGAAUCAUCUCCAGUAUUCCAAAUUCUCCAACUCUAAUAAUUCCGACAAAAAACAAGGUAUCAAGCUAUCAAGCAGAACAGGUUUUUUGAUUCUCUACACGCCGGCGUUCCUCGCCGGAGUUGUUUCCUUCUUCGUCUUCCCCGGCGGUGGUAUCAGAUUCCUUUUGCUCAAAUUUGCAGUUACCUUUCAUUUCUUCAAAAGAGAUUUCGAGGUUCUGUUUGUUCACAAGUACAGUGGUGGGAUGAUUUUGGGCUCAACCAUUCUUAUAUCCAUCUUUUAUUUCGCAGCAGCUGUAAGCAUGAUUGUCGUCCAUUACCUGAGCCUAGGGCUUCCGGAUCCUUCCAUUGAUCUAAAAUACAUCGGUUUGAUCAUGUUUGUGGUUGGAAUCUUCGGCAACUUUUAUCACCACAAUCUCCUUUCGAAACUAAGAAAAGAUAAGGAUAAAGGAUACAAGAUCCCUAAUGGAGGACUUUUUAAUUUGGUGAUUUGCCCACAUUAUCUAUUUGAAAUCAUGAUAUUUGUGGGGUUAUCUUUUAUCAGCCAAACACCACUGGCUUUUGCAUGCACUUUUGGGGACUCCAUGUACUUGAUUGCAAGGAGUUAUGAGACAAGAAAAUGGUAUGUAAAUAAGUUUGAAGAUUUUCCUAAAAGCAUCAAGUGUGUCAUACCAUAUGUAUUUUAAAUAUAUGUAUAUAUAUAUUUUUUUUCUUCUUCUUGUGGAUUUGGAAAUAUUUGAAUGAAGUCGUUGUAAUUGAGUUUUGAAUGAUUGUAAUGUUAUUGGUUAUAAUUCAAUUAUCUAUCGUUUCUCGUUUC